AUGGGAAUGCUUCGCACAAUUGCGGUCGGCGCCGCGUGCCUUACCCAAUUCGUGGCUGGGCUCGACGGAGGGAUACGGACUUCUAUGAAGCAGUUGGACCGUCGUGGCGAAGAAUCUGUUCUUGUCAAGAAAGACCUCCAGGACCUAUACCCGGCGCGCACCCUGAAGGUGCCGGUCGACCACUUCCACAAUGACACCCUCUAUGAGCCGCACUCGAACGAGACCUUCCCCCUAAGGUACUGGUUCGACGCCAGCCAUUACAAGAAGGGUGGCCCGGUCAUCGUUCUGCAGGGCGGUGAAACCAACGGCGCAGGUCGGCUUCCCUUCCUUCAAAAGGGCAUCGUCGCCAAGCUGGCUCAGGCCACUCAUGGGCUAGGCGUCAUCCUGGAGCAUCGCUACUACGGGGAGAGCUUUCCCACCCCCGACUUCAGCACCGAGAACCUCCGCUUCCUGACGACGGACCAGGCGCUGGCCGACAUGGCCUUCUUUGCCGAGCACGUCGUGUUCGAGGGGCUGGAGCAUCUGGACUUGACCUCGGCCAAGAACCCGUACAUCGCCUACGGGGGUUCGUAUGCUGGUGCAUUUGUCGCCUUCCUGCGGAAACUGUAUCCGGACGUCUACUGGGGCGCCAUCUCGUCGUCCGGCGUUCCCGAGGCUAUCUACGACUACUGGCAGUACUACGAGGCAGCUCGCAUCUACUCGCCUCAUGACUGCAUUCUUGCCACGCAGAAGUUGACACACGUGGUCGACAACAUCCUCCUCGGGACGACCGAUACAGAGUACGUGCAGCGCCUAAAGACCGCCUUUGGGCUGGGAAAUGUCACCCGUGACGACGAUUUCGCCUUCACCAUCUCGUACGGCAUCUCCGGUCUGCAGGGCCUUAACUGGGACCCUGCACUGAACGACACUGGGUACGGUUACUACUGCAACAACUUGACCGCCACGACAAACCUCUACCCGGAGCUUACCACCCUCGAGUCCGAGGCCCGGGAGCUCAUCGAAGUGGGUGGCUACGGGGAGGAGGCAGACACUCUCACCAACCAGCUCCUCAACUACAUCGGCUACGUCAACGUCACGGCGAUCCAGAACUGUGUCCAGUCCGGCAAACCCUCCCAAGACGCGUGCUUCACUAGCUAUAACUCGACCUACUACCAGCAGGACGACCUCAAGCAGGACUGGCGGUUAUGGGCGUACCAAUACUGUUUCGAAUGGGGCUACUUCCAAACCGGUUCCGGCGUGCCCGCAGACCAACUCCCACUGAUCUCGCGGCUUAUCGACCUCCCCUUCACCUCCAUCAUCUGCCGCGAAGCCUUCAACAUCACCUCCCCACCGCAGAUCGAGCGCAUCAACAAGCACGGCGGCGUGCACAUCAGCUACCCGCGCCUGGCGCACGUCGACGGCGAGCGCGACCCGUGGCGGUACGCCUCGCCGCACCGCAUCGGCCUGGCCGAGCGCGAGAGCACCGUCAGCGAGCCGUUUAUUUUGAUCGAGAAUGGUGUGCACCACUGGGAUGAGAAUGGCUUGUUUCCGAACGAGACGAGGCCGGGCUUGCCGCCGAAGCCGGUGGCGGAUGCGCAGGAGCAGGAGGUCCGGUUUGUGAAGGCGUGGUUGAGGGAGUGGAAGGACGAGCAUUGUAGGGGAGGGAAAUGCUGUCGUGUGUGA